AGGAAAUCGUGUCGUUCCACAAACCUACACCAGACUUCACACUGAACCGAUCUCGCAACAUUAUUCUGAGCUGUUACAUCAGUUUAUAUAAAACAAACUUUAAAAGAAGCUUGAUAAAUCGAAAAAGAUUAUAUCGAUUCAGCAGGGUUGUCAGUAAAAAUGCACGUGGAACGGCAAGAAAAUCAGUUAACAUCGAAUGAUCUGAGAAGGACUUUAACGAAGCAUUCAAUUGAUACAAUACUACGGACCGAGGACAACCUUAAAACAUACCUGACGGAGACACAAAGAGAUGACGUCACACCAGAAACUUCGGUUAAUGUGACAGAGUUUUCUGCCGGAGAGGAUUCAUUUCACAGCAGCAGCGAGGAAAGUGACAGCAAUUCAAACGAAAAGGAAAAGGACGAUGAGCACUGCGACGUCAUCGGAAAUGGUGUUGGACACAUGUUACCUGAUGAGACGAGAAAGAAAAGACGCAUAAGGACUACUUUCUCCGCGGAUCAAUUGAAAUCUUUAGAGGAAGUAUUCCGAGUCACUCACUACCCGGAUGCCAAUGCGCGUGAAGAGUUGUCCGACAAAACGGGACUACCGGAAGCUCGAGUUCAGAUAUGGUUCCAGAACCGUAGAGCUAAGUGGCGCAAGUAUGAGAAGUUGGGGAAUUUCGGAGGACUCCAGGAUCUUCGAGAAACGGAAUAUGUUCCGGCUCCGCGCUCAUCGAUCCGGACUGACGAUCUCCAUACUGGAUCUCCGAUACAGACCACCGUUCCCAAAUGCAACCAAGAUACCGGAAGUGACGAAACAUUAGAUGAUGAAAACGGAGAACAAAUAUCACCUCUGAACUUGUCCAUGUCUCCACUUCCGUUUUACCGAUCAGUACCAGUGUUUCCGGUGCCGUAUCCGUUUACAACUAGAUACAUAAACUUUGGUCUUGUGGAGAAUCGACGGACCGGAAGUAUAGCUGCACUGCGAUUGAAAGCACGUGAGCACGAGGCUGCCAUGGAGAUGCAAUAUAUGUACAAAUGAGAAUCGUUGUGUUGUUGAUUACUGAACUAGACACGACCUUCCGCGCAUGGGCACAGUAUGAGGAUGAACAUAAUUGAUACAGACCCAAAGUAUCAUGGGUCUUUCAUUGUUAAGCUGUUCAUAGCAAUUGAUGAAACGAAUUAGUUUUCUCAUGAUAGAUUUUGAUAUAGACAUCGAAAAUAUAUCACAAAAACUGUCACCCUUUUUUAAAAUUCAUUUGAGUUAUCUCAGUUAAACGGCGUUCAUGUAGCAAAUAGUCGCCAUAUGAC